UUUUCUGAGGUUUUGCUACAAAAUGUGCUUAUCAAAUCCCUCUGCUUUCAUUAGUGCAGAAGUCCUUAACUCGUGCAAUCGCUGCUUUCGGAAAACUCAAGAGUCAAUUUAUCAUGAGUGCUGAUGAUGAUACCACGUCUUACCCAGUUCAGAGAAAUGAGAAUGGCAUUCAUAACAAAGCCACUGUCAAUGGCAAACCCCUGAAUGGGAAUGGGGUCAAUGGUAAGGCCAUUAACCAUGUCAGUGUCAAUGGAAAUUGUUUUCCUGUCACAAACAAGAACCACAGGAAGACAUGGGAAGUGAAGCCUUCCUUGAUGGCUGAUAACACUGCCAAUCCCAUAAGGGCAAUUGUGGAUGGGAUGAAGGUCUCCCCAAACCCAGAAAAAGCCAUGAUCGCCCUUUCGAUAGGGGAUCCAACUGUCUUUGGUAAUCUUCCUACAGAUGAUGCAGUGCUUCAAGCCAUGAAAGAUGCUAUAGAUUCACACCAGUAUAACGGCUAUGCUCCUUCGGUUGGUUACUUAAAGAGCCGGCAGGCAGUAGCCAAAUUUUACAGCUGCUCUGAUGCACCUCUUGAUGCAGAGGAUGUCAUUUUGACCAGUGGUUGUAGCCAGGCCAUUGACCUGGCAAUCAGUGUCAUUUGUAAUCCAGGGGACAACAUCCUAGUUCCAUGUCCUGGUUUCUCCUUAUAUAAGACGUUGGCUGUUUCCCUUGGCAUCGAGGUCAGACUCUACAACCUGCUGCCGGAGAAGUCAUGGGAGGUGGAUCUGCAACAUUUGGAUAGCCUGAUUGAUGACAGAACAUCCCUUCUAAUUGUCACAAAUCCAUCCAAUCCAUGUGGCUCUGUUUUCACAAAGGGACACCUACAGAUGAUCCUCGAAGUGGCUUCUAGAAACUGUCUUCCCAUCCUGGCAGAUGAAAUCUACAGCAACAUGGUUUUCCCAACUUGUGACUGUCAAUCUCUGGCAUCACUCAGCAGUGAUGUACCAAUUAUUUCCUGUGGCGGCCUGGCUAAGCGCUGGCUGGUCCCCGGUUGGAGAAUGGGAUGGAUCCUCAUCCAUGACAGGAACAACAUCUUUGGGUCUGAGAUUCGACAUGGCCUUGUCAAGCUGAGCCAGCGUAUUCUUGGACCCUGCACCAUCGUCCAGGGUGCGCUGGAGGGAAUUCUCAACAACACACGUCAAGGUUUCUUUGAUGACACGAUUCUUUUUAUCAAGUCCAACGCUGACAUUUGUUUUAAUGAGUUGUCCACCGUGCCUGGCUUGAACCCCAUCAUGCCCUCAGGAGCCAUGUACUUGAUGAUUGGAAUCGACAUAGACAGCUUCCCAGAUUUUCUCAAUGAUGUAGACUUUACUGAACGACUGGUGACCGAGCAGUCUGUUUUCUGUCUGCCCGCUACAGCUUUUGAGUAUCCCAAUUUCUUCCGCAUUGUGGUGACUGUUCCGGAACAGAUGAUUCUGGAAGCAUGUGGUCGGAUCAGGGAGUUUUGUCAGCUUCACUAUCGGUCAAGUAGCUGUAACAAAUUCUCCCUAAAAGAUACAUCUGUCUGAUGGCACAAAAGACAAAACAGAUGACCACUGAACCCUUAGGACCACUGGAGAUCAAUUUUAACUCAAGUGGGGCCAUAAAAGUAGAUAAAGGUCCUCGACACUGCCUCGGGGGAAUUAGCAAAAACAUAGAUCAUUCAGUGUGGAAUGCAACAUCAUAACCAGACGUGGAAGUUCAGAAUAAUUAACGACAAUGGACUUAUUAGUUAAACUGGCCUCAAAGAAUUUACUAUUUAACCAACCUCCCCAAGAUGGAGCCACAAUAAGAAUUAGAAGAGACCAUUUUGAUGAUUCUUAAUGUCAUGACCCCCACAGUGUGAUUCGGGAAAGGUUGAGAUGACUGUUGCACAAUGGUUCACAGAGACUUACUUGAGAUUAAUAGAACACAAUAAACCCCCCAACCCUCAAACCCCCCCCCUCCCCCCCCCCCGUUUCGAUUACAGACACUGCCAGUUGAACUCCUCGUGAUUGUUUACCAUGUGAUGCCAGUGGACAAUCAAAUGACAAUAAAUAAAUCUCAUGUUUGUACCAAAUAAAACAAGCCUUCAUAACUAUUCAAAAAGUAUAAAUUGAUUUUGGUGACAUUAACUUCUUUAAUGGGACCCUUUUUCAGAAAAGAAACACCCUUGGGUGCCAGAAUACAGAAUAUUUUCUUUUUUUCAGAAUAUUAGCGCGACACGCUGGCGGAGAUGUAAAGCGUUGGCCUCACAGUUCUGAGGACCUGGAUUCAAUUCCGGCCCCACCGGUGUGGAGUUUGCAUGUUCUCCCCGUGCCAGCGUGGGUUUUGUCCAGGCACUGCGGUUUCCUCUCACAUCCCAAAAACAUGGAACAUUAAUUGGACACUCUAAAUUGCCCAUAGGUGUGAUUAUGAGUGCGACUGUCAUCUGUCUCCAGGUGCCCUGCGAUUGGCUGGCAACCAAUUUAGGGUGUACCCUGCCUCCUGCCCGAUGACACGUGGGAUAGGCUCCAGCACUCCCAUGGGCCUUGUGAGGAUAGGGAGCUAAGAAAACGGAUGGAUGGAUGGAUGGAUGGAUGGAUGGAUGGAUGGAUGGAUAAUAUUAGAAUCAGAGUCAAACUUUAUUUGCUAAGUAUGUAACAAGACACAAGGAAUUUGUCUCUCGGGUAGUUGGUGCUGCCCUAGUAUGAUGUUGAGUAUGAAGAUCAAUAGACAGUCAAUUGACAAUAGACAGUCAAUUGACAGGGAACUUGGAAUGUGCAACAUUUUGCACAGAUACAGUCUUCUAGCAUUUAGAAUAGAGUCCCCAUAAGAGCAAUACUGUAGUCGAGUGCAAUAACAAUUGUGUAAAGAGUGUCAAGACUUCAAGGAGUGUAUGCAGUUUAAAGUGAUAAGUCGUGCGAUAGUCCUUUACAUUAUACAGUACAUUAUACUAAUACUGAUUGGCUCAGCAGGGUGUGACAACAACAAAUCGAGGGAGAAAACUGACAACAUUUUGCACUGGAAUUGUAAUUUGAAGAAUUGAAUAACUUAAUUCCAAGAGGGAAGAAGCUGUUGUAUCCGGGAUCUUGUUCUUUCGGUCAUGACCCACAUCUCAUGGCCAUCAGUGACGGUAGGAACGUAGAUUGGUAAAUUGAGAGCUUUGCCCGACCCACAUCUCGUGGCCAUCGGUGAGAGUUGGAACGUAGAUUGGUAAAUUGAGAGCUUCUCCUUCCGACUUAGCUUCCUCUUCACCACAACGGAUUGGUACAAAGUUUGCAUCACUGCAGACGCUGCAUCAAUCUGCCGAUCAAUCUACUGCUCCAUUCUUCCCUCACUCUUGAAGACCCCAAGAUACUUGAACUCCUCCACGUGGGGCAGGAUCUCAUCCUGGGCACGCCACCCUUUUCCGACUGAGGACCAUGGUCUCAGAUUUGGAGGUGCUGAUUCUCAUCCCAGCCGGUUCACACUCGGCUGCGAACCGCUCCAGUGAGCGUUGGAGAGCACGGCUUGAUGAAGCCAACAGCACCACAUCAUCUAAAAAGAGCAGAGAUAUGAUGCUGAGGCCAGCAAACCGAACACCCUCUACAUCUCUGCCUAGAGAUUCUGUCCAUAAAAGUUAUGAACAAAAUCAGUGACAAAGGGCAGCCUUGACGGAGUCCAACUCUCACCAGAAACGAGUCCGACUUAUUACCAGCAAUGUGGACCAAACUUACAUUGGUCAUACAGGGACCGAACAGCCCGUAUCAGGGGGUUCAGUACCCCUUGCUCUCGGAGAACCCCCCCCCCCCCCACAGGACUCCCCAAGGGACACGGUCAAACACCUUCUCCAAUCCAUAAAACACGUCGACUGGUUGAGCGAAUUCCCACGUACCCUGCCGAGGGUGUAGAGCUGCUCCACUGUUCUACGGCCAGGACGAAAAUCACAUUGCUCCUCCUGAAUCUGAGAUUUGACUUCCCGACGGAUACUCCUCUCCAACACCUACUGAAUAGCCCUUACCAGGGAGGCUGAGGAGUAUGAUCCUCCUAGAGUUGGAGCACACCCCAUGGUCCCCGUUCUUAAAACGAGGGACCACCACUCCAGUCUACCAAUCCAGAGGCACUGUCCCUGAUAUCCUCACAAUGUUGCCUUUAGAGCCUUUAGGAAUUCCGGGCCACCAAGAAGCUUUUUCAGAAUCAUAAUCAGCUUUAUUGGCCAAGUGUGUAAAAACGCACAAGGAUUUUUUCCCCGGCAGACGGUGCUGCCCUGGUACGACAUUCAGAACAAAGAACAACAGACUCAGCUUCCCCGUAAGAAAGCAGGUUGGUGGAAUUGAGGUCUUUGAAGUAAUCUGUCCGCCGGCUCACAACAUCUUGAGUCCUCAAGGGUGGUGCCAACAAUUCAUUCAGCAGUUUUGAUUAUCCAUUGCAAUCGGAGUUAGUUCUUUUUUGUGGCAGCCCCAAACAAGAUUCUGAUCGUCACAGUAUUGAUUUCGAUAACCGCUGUGUAGAACUGUCCCAGCAGCUCUCGUGGCAGGCCAUGCUUCCUCAGAAGCCACUAGAAGUACAACCUUUUGCUGUUUUUUUUUUUUUUUUUUUUUUUUGAGGAUGGAGUUAUGUGAUAGAAGAGUUUCUGCUAGGAUGAAGGAGAAAGUUUAUGAAACAGUUGGGAGGCCAGACAUGAUGUACGGAUUAGAGACGGUGGCACGGAAGAGACAACAGGAAGCAGAGAUGGAGGUGGCAGAAAUGAAGUGAAUGUUUAGGUUCUCUGUAGGAGUAAGCAGGUUGGACAGGAUUAGUAAUGAGCUCAUUAGAGAGACACCUGUAGUUGGAUAUUUUGGAGGCAAAGUUUGACAGGACAGAUUUUCAUGGUUUGGACAUGUCCAGAGGCGAGAGAGUGAGUAUAUUGGUAGAAGGGUGCUGAGGAUGGAGCUGCCAGGGAAGAGAGUGAGAGGAAGACAAAAGAGAAUGUUGAUGGAUGUUGUGAGGGAAGAUAUGAGGUCCGUUGGUGUUAGAGAGGAAAAUGCAGGAGAUGGGCUUAGGUGGAAAAAGAUGACACGAUGUGGCGACACCUAAUGGGACAAGCCAAAAGGAAAAGAAGUUGUUUUUCUCCCACUUCAGGUCUUGUGACACUGUAAUUCCCAAGAAUUUGAAUGUCUCCAAAGUUGACACAAGACAGUCGGAGAGAGUGAGUGGCAGCUGUGGUGAAGGAUGCCUCCUGAAGUUCACAAUCAUUUCUACAAUCUUUAGUGGGUUCAGUUCCAGGUUGUGGCUCCAGGUUGUGUUGGCUACACCAAAGUUACAGCCUCCCCACAUCCUGUUGAUAAGCAGACUCAUCAUCGUCUUUGAUGAGCCAGAUGACUGUGGUGUCAUCUCCGAACUUGACAGCCGGUUGGCUUGAGGCGCCAUCAUUCAUAUAGAGCGAGGAGAAAAGCGGGAAAAGGAUAGAACCUUGGAGUGCCGUGGCUCAUGCUGCGUGUGGAUGAGGUUGUGUCCCCCAGCCUCACCGGCUCUGUCCUGCCCGUCAGGAAGUUGUAGAUUUACUGGCAGAUGGCAGGCAAGACACUGAGCUGGAGAAGCUUAGAGGAGAGGAGCUUGGGGAGGAUUGUAUUGAACGCAGAUCUUAAGUCCACGAACAAAGUCUGUCACAAGCAAGCGGCAAGUGUUAGAACCUAAAUGCAGGACUCAGAGGCAGUGACAUGAUGUUGAGCGUGGUUUUAUUCCAGGCAGAGGUCAUACACAGGUAAGCAGUCCAAAAAAAGCAAAGGCACAAAAAGAGAUGGGAAAAAGCCAAGGUCCAAAAACAUGUAAAUGAGGUCGGAUAACUACUAGGCAAAAACAAGACUUAGCUCUGGUGGCACAGGAACACUGGCCGUGACAACGAGGUGAAUACACAACAAGACUAAUGCAGUCUCAUGCAACGAACUCGCAGCUAACAAUACAACACUCAAGCCUUAAAUACAUGGCAUAAUUAGCAAUAAUGAGUCGCAGGUGAGGCAGCUGCGCACAGGGCAGUGGCUUGGCCACGCCCUUGACUGUGUCUUCGCGCAGGUUAUCUCCCUUUUGAGGUGUUCAAGAAUGAAGUGCGUACCAAUGUUCUCUCUAAGAUAUGCGCCAUUGUGCACCGCUGAUGUGGUCUCUGCGCACAGAUAUUCUGUUGUGCACAAAAAAUAAAUAAAUAAUCCAACCCAAAACGUAUAUACGAAAAGUAUAACACAACUAUUCAGUUUGUGGCAUUUUGCAAUAUGAUUCAAUAAGUGAGGGAUGACCCGUUGCUACAUCCAAUGGCACAAUUCACAUAUGCACUGUAAAAAGAAAAGGAGAAGCCACUGAUUUCUUUUAGCUGGCUUUUAUUGAACACUUGGGCACCACAGGGAACUCUCUCUAACAACGACCUGCUGCUCGCCCACACACUCUCCUGCCUAGUUUACCUGACAUCAGUCCCCUCUGCUCUUAAAGGGGUACACUCAUCAUUACAAAUGUUAAAGUACUUAUGCAGUCCAUCAAUGUGGUUGAUAAUGACAGCGUCUUUAUGCGCUGCCCACAACCGGUGGUUUAGUUAGCAACACAGUCUGGGAAAUUUAGAGCGAAGACAAGAUAGCCAUGUUGCUAAUGCUUAUUCUUGAUAAUAAUGCCAAAAGUUGAAAAAGAAAUGCUGUUGUUUUAAGACGCUGCGACUGUCAGAGUAUGUGAAUAAUAGAAGAAAAGGUGGUGAAACUGGAUGAGAUUUUCUCUUUUUCACACGAGAAAGGUCUGGUCUGAAGCCAAAGUAGAAAGUGCAGGAUGAGAUGGUGUGCAAUAUUAAAUUCCACCUUGGCAAAGACUGAUCGAGGAUGAAACCACAGACAAUACAGUGGGUCAACCUGGGGAUCUGCAACACUCUUGUGGGACAGCACAAUGCAUUGGAGCGACUUCAUAAUCACAUAUGUCAAGGCAACAGGCUUGUAGUCAUUUAACCCAAGAUUGAUUGUUUCUUGGGAACCAGGAUGCUGGUCGAGCUUUUGAAGCUGGUUGGUACUUCACAUAGUUCUAGAGCCCUGUUGAAGAUUUUUGUGAAGACCGGAGCAAGUUGGUCUGCGGCAGACUCUGUGACAGGAUGGGGGCACAAGGUCUGGGCCUCCCGCUUUGUUGUACUUUAGUUGUUGGAAGAUCCACCUCAUGUCCCAUUAAUGGAUGGUCGACGAAGGAGUCGGAGAUGUUGAAGUGGUUAGUGGUGCAACUCGAUGGGUGUAUCGAAUGAAAGUGUCCUUUUCGAUUGUGAAGUAAAAGCUGUUCAGGUUCAGCUAGCCCUACUGGAGGGGAUCGUCCCCUUUCAUUAGUUAGUUAUUGUAAUGCAUGCCAUAAUGAUUUGGGCUCAUGAGCGCCAAAUUGUUUUUCCAUUUUUCCUUCAUAAACCCUCUUUGGAAUGGUAAUUUCUUGAGUCAGCUGGUUUGUAGUGCGACUGUACAGGGCCCUAUCCACGCUACGGUAUGUGACAUCUUUAGCCUGGGGGAGUUGCCAAAGUCUGGCUGUAAACCACAGCUUGUUGUUAUUGAAUGUGCAAAAAGUUUUUUGUUGGUGCACACACUUCCUCACAGAAAUAGAGGACCUGAUGUGGGAGACAAACAUCCUCAAAAGAGCCCAACAAAGGAUGUACUUCUUGUGGGUUCUGAGGAAGCACGGCCUGACACAAGCGCUGCUGAGACAGUUCUACACAGCGUCAUUCAAUCAGUACACUGUACCUCAAUCACAGUCUGGUUUGGGGCCGCCACAAAAAAGGACAAACUCCGACUACAAUGGAGAAUCAAAACCGCUGAACGGAUUGUCGGCACCACUCUACCCACUAUUGAAGACUGGCACGCAACGCGAACUAGGUCCAGAGCCGGCAAGGUUUCCUUUCGGACCCUCCAUGUCCUGGGCACCAGCUCUUCCAACUCUUUCCGUCAGGAAAGCGCUACAGAUCAAUGCAAGUCAAAACUAGCAGGCAUUCAAAUGUUUUUUUCCCCGAUGGCAAUUACGUCAUUAAAUUCCUGAUCAGCGAACCUACUAUUUUCUGCCUUGUGCCAUUGUUGGGACACACACUCACAUCCUGCUGGUCCAAUCAGUAUGAGUAUUAGUAAUAUAUUUUGGAGACUAUCACACGAUUUGUCACAUUAAACGGCUCGCUUUGCACAAUUGUCAUUGCACUGGUCUAUAACGGAAACUGCAAACAGGUAAAGGCACUCUGUACAAGCUUAACACAAUGUGGGACGUUGACACGUUAUCUCCUAGCUGUUCUAAACGAAGAAGACUUUAUAUCUCGCACAUCUGUGACUCUUAUGAGGAAUAGUUCCUAUGAACAGAAAUGUCUCUUGUUCUUUGUUCUUGUUACUUUGUUGUUCUUUGUUCUGAAUGUCGUACCAGGGCCGCACCACCUGCAGGAGAAAAAUUCCUUGUGUGUUCUUACACACUUGGCCACGAAAGCUGAUUCUGAUUCUAAUUUUGUUAGGAAGCCAACGUAGAUUUGCGAGAUGAAUUGGCAGACUCGCCACUCUGGGUCCUCUCCUACAAAGUUUCACUUGGAUUCCGCCACGUGUCCCCCUCCCGCGUGUUGCCACCACACUCCGUAUAGUACUGACGUUGUCAUCGUUGCCAUCACUGAGUAACUCGGAGAAAAGACUCAGUGAAUUUGCAAGAGUUGUCAAAAAAAGUCCAUAGAAGACUCUCUCUCUGAUGUUCCAGAAAUGACACACAAAACGCAGAAACAUAAACAAUACUAGGGAGCAACGUGCCGAAACCGCCACACAAGUAGGUGCCAUUUUGAUUGCCCAUGCCAAAUCCACCAAAUUAAAGGAUAACCACUUUUCAGACCUUGUUCCUCGUUGUUUGUACAUGCGCAGUGAGCUAAAGGUCAGAAAAAUACGUGUGAUGUCUUUUUUUAUUCUCGCGGCACGGCGUCGCAAUUGACGCAUUGAGCACCCCUGCAUUAAUUCAUCUCAGUGCAGUGUCUAUAAUCACAAACGGGUGGGUUGGUUGUUUUUCACUUGUGAAGAACUGUACCUAUUGGUUUUAAAUCAAACAGUACAUAAUGUUGUUUGAACAAUAAGUAGUUGAUCUGCCAAGACUAAGGUUUAAACAAUCAUUUUAUAUGGUUGAUCUCUGCUUAAGUAUGUUUCAAAGUUGGGAAUCGUUUAUUUGAAUUUGUGCUGAGUUUCAACUCUCGUUUUGGGCAUGACUUAUGUGGAUAGAAGGAAAUUUAACAUGGAAACCCGAGUAGAUGGACCUUCUCUGACCCAAAAGAUACAAAGAGCCUCAAAAUCCUUUCUUUUUGGCUCACUCUUUUUCACGCCAACAUCCCUUCAGCUCCUCUGCUUGGCUCUGGCCAACCUCUCCCCCUCACCCCUUUUUCCUUGGUUCUGCUACCACGUGAAGAAUGACUCCAGACCACAUCAAAGGCCCUGUCAGAUAAAAGAAGCCUGCCAUGCUAGGUUACACUCGCAGUCUAGCACAAGAGUGUGGCCCGCAAUAAGUACAAAUGGCAGGAAAAGUUACGAAUGCACCUUUCUUUCAGUAAUUCCUCUUUUGUUUUACUUUGAGUGCACCCUCUUCAAUUAAACCUGUCUCCUUUCCUCCAAAAACAAGAAAAAAAAAGACUAUCUGCAGACAAUGUGAUCUACAAUUGUGAGUAAAAUAUUGCAGUAAUUACUCAAUUGUGAGUAAAACAUUGCAGUAAUUACGAGAAAGUACAAAUUGGUGCAUAGUGACUUUGUAGUAAAUUCGCGACUUCACAUGAGUCCCAACUUUGUUCUCCCCCAAAAUGCUUCAAUUCAUUUUGCACUCACAUUUAUGAGUUCAAUUGCCCUGUAUUAUCUUGUUCUUUACACACAUUUGCUAGUAAUUUUUGUGAUAAGGUUUCUCUGCAUUUCCCCCCAGGUUGAUUAAAUUUUCCUGAAAAACAAA